CGGAAGCGACACGGAAAGCAAAGCGCAGCGUAUUUUUCGGGAAUUCCUAAUUUAUUAAGGACUGAUUUUGCGUGUAGUGUUUUAUCAACAUCUGUUCCACACCGCCACUAUCGAAGAAUGCUGAAAGCUCAAACAAAGUUUUCUGAAAGAGCGUUUCUUGAACGUCGUUGAUGUAAAUAACCUUGAACUUAAUUUCGUGGUUAUCAGUUUAUUGGCUGAACAAAGUUGUGUGUAUUUCCGUACAUAUUAUGUGUCAAAUGAUUUGGUAACGAGGAAAGCUAAAACUUGAAAGCAGUCAUGGCGAGUUUUGAUUCAACAGACCUGAACUUGGACCAGACAGUUACUAACUUACCCAGACACCCAAUAAAAAGAUUCGAACCAGCUUUGCGUAAAUUUGAAGUGGCACUUCCAGCGGAUCUUGCCAGACUUCAGCAACACAAGAAAAACAUGGAAACGUUUUACAGUUCAGUAGCUUGGUUUGAACUGAAUAAAGAACAAAUAAAUGCUGCAAGAACAGUUCAGCAAUUGAAAUCCCACUUGAAAGAAAUGGAAAAAAUACGUAAACAGGUACAGGUAUCAGAUAUUCCUGAGUUUGACCAGCGAAUCAAGCCGCUACAGGAGGAAAUCUUGGCUGGAGUCAGUUCUUUUAGAGAGGUGCAACAGAUGUAUGCUCGGGAAAAACAGGACAAGGAACCUAAGAGGAUGCCUUUUGCCAGAUACAAAGAUACUUCAUUACCACCGGUAACCACCACAGAACCAGAUGGCAACUCUCAAAAGCUUCAGACCUUGGUUGUGGUAGACAAAGACGCAGUCGUAUCCUGGGACUCACUGAGAGCCGGUUUAAUGGAACUGAAUGAUCUCAUCCAUGAUUUCUCAACUAUCGUUCAUGAGCAACAAGACACAAUCGACUCCAUCGAAGGCAACAUAGAGAGUGCACAAGUUCAUGUGGAGGAAGGCACCAGAGCGUUGGGAAAGGCCAGCAAACUCAAAGCAGUUACCUAUCCGCUGAUUGGCGCGGCAGUGGGAGGGGUGUGUGGGGGACCUUUGGGAUUAGCCAUAGGAUUAAAGGCCGGAGCAGCCAUAGCCCUUGGGGGAGGAGUGUUGGGAUAUUUUGGUGGAAGAUACUUCAAGAAAAAACAAGAAGAAGCUACUGAUAUCCAGCUUGAUAACUUGAGUUCCAGCAGAGAAGUAAAAAAGUAUCGGUGAAGUUUUCAAAGAGGAACUUUUGAUACUCGAGGCGGAAUAUGUUUUGUUGUAGAUGGCUGUGAGACAGUUUUCGGCGCAGUAGUUUUUUGGUUUUUUCAGUGUUCUCUUUUUUAACUGUUCUCAGCGUCAAUGUACUGGUAGUGAGCGAGAGGUUAGCGAUCAGGGAACAUAAACACUACAAGAUGACUUUAAUUAGUCAUAUUUUUGAGGCAAAGCUUCAAAACGCAUUGUUUUGAACUCAUAUGAAAACGUAGAGGGAAUUUUAGUCAGUCACGUACAUCAUGAAUUGAAGAAUUAUUUAACAACAGUGUAAACAAAUACAGCAUUAGAUGCAUUGCUAAGAAUUAGGUCUAACGAAGGUCCCUUAUGGUAACGAGAACGGAUGCGAUUUAUUGGGAGUCAUCUGUGAGAAUAAAAAUAGUAAGUCUAGAAUUUUUGUCACUAAAUAAACGAUAGGUUACAGAGACCGGUGCUAAAAAUGAAAA